ACACUGCCAUGCACAGACCCGCCGUGCAGAAAUUCUGUUGUUAUUAAUUAUAUUUUUUGCCCUGUAUUCGCCUACUUCCGUCUCAGAUCCGUACGAGAUUCGAAGGGCGGAAUGCGGCUCAUCAAGCCGGGCUGGGUGCACCACGAUGACAAGCAGAUCUUCUCAGUGGACAUUCACCAGGACUGUACUAAGUUUGCUACCGGAGGGCAGGGAAACGACUGCGGUCUGGUGGUGAUAUGGAACCUGCUGCCGCUCCUCUCCGAGAAGGCGGAGCACGAUGCCAGCGUGCCAAAGAUGCUCUGCCAGAUGGACCAGCACCUGGCGUGCGUCAACUGCGUCCGGUGGUCGCACAGUGGGCUGUGCCUGGCGUCCGGCUCCGACGACAAGCUCAUCAUGAUCUGGCGGAAAUCGGCGGGCUCCAGCGGGGUCUUCGGUUCCGGCGGCAUGCAGAAGAACCACGAGUCCUGGAAGUGCUUCCAUACGUUGCGCGGCCACUUUGGCGACGUCCUGGACCUGGCUUGGUCGCCCAACGACCUCUAUCUGGCCAGCUGCAGUGUGGACAACACAGUGGUCAUCUGGGACGCCAGGGCCUUUCCCCACGUGGUGGCCACGCUGCGGGGCCACACUGGCCUGGUGAAGGGCGUCUCCUGGGACCCGGUCGGUCGCUUUCUGGCCUCCCAGUCUGACGACCGCAGCAUCCGCAUCUGGAGGACUGACGGCUGGACCAUGGAGCACAAGAUCACCGAGCCCUUCGAGGAAUGCGGCGGCACCACGCACAUCCUUCGCCUCUCCUGGUCCCCGGACGGCCAGUACCUGGUUUCGGCGCACGCCAUGAACGGCGGCGGUCCCACUGCCCAGAUCAUAGAGCGCGAAGGCUGGAAGUUCGACAAGGACUUUGUGGGCCACCGCAAGGCCGUUACCUGUGUGCGCUUCCACAACUCCAUCCUGCGACGCCAGGUGACCGAUGGCAAGCCGCUCCAGUACUGCUGCCUGGCUGUGGGCUCCCGCGACCGCUCCCUCUCUGUUUGGCUGACCGCCCUCCAGCGGCCCAUGGUGGUCAUACACGAGCUCUUCCACGACAGCGUCCUAGACCUGUCCUGGGGGACAAAGGAGUGCCUGCUGAUGGCCUGUAGCGGGGACGGUAGCAUCGCCUGCCUUCAAUUCGACGCCACAGAGCUGGGCACUCCGGUGCCCGACGGGGACAAGAGCGCCAUCAUACAGAAGCUGUACGGCAUGGCGUACGGCGACGGCCUAGCUGCCGCCAAAGCCUCCACAAUGGAGCACCCGGAGAGGCUGCUGAAGCCGCAAAGCGGCGAGCAAGCACCCAUCCUGGAGACGCGACCCGUCAACUUCCCCAUCUCCACGGAGUCCAGCCAGCGUCCGAUCAGCCAGCAGACGGAGACCAGGACCAAGGAUGGCAAGAGACGGAUCACACCAAUGUUCAUACCCCUGCACGAGGACGGACCCACCUCCCUGACCACCAGCAUUGUGUCCAGCUCGGUGGCAGGCAGUGGAGCAACGGCCAGCAGAGCGGUGUCCUCCACGGCGCCGACGGAGAGUGCUGCCACGCCGCUGAUGCCGGAGCCUCUGGUGAGGACCGAGCACGGGCGGCUAGAUUCCAGACUCAAACCCCAGCCUAGCUCCAAUCAACGCCGUCAGUCACAGCCCGUAGAUCCCGCCGACCUGCCACGCUUGCCCCGGGUGGAGGAGCACCAGAGCUCCACGACCGGGCCGCCGGACCUUCAAGUCACACCAACGGGGAAGAGCGAGUUCGUCAAGGCGGCUCUAGACUAUCGCGUCCACGUCCAGAACGGCUACCUCAAAACCACGCACGGCAUGCUGGCCAAGAUCACGGCAUCGGAUUCCACCGAAAUGCUAUGGGAGUUCCUGGCUGGAUCGCCGGUGGUGAACCUGAAUCUGUGCGAAAAGUACGCCAUGCUGUGCUCCCUCGACGGCAGCAUGCGGCUGGUCUCCAUGGAGACGGGCUGUCCCGUUUUUCCCGCCAUUUCCCUCAUCAGUUCCGCCGUGCACUGUACCUUUAGCCCGGAUAACCGCUUCGUCGGCGUGGUGACAAACUGCGGGAUGCUGCGGGUUUGGGAUAUCGCCCGGCGAUCCGUCAAUCUCGCCGGCGAAUUCACGCAGCUGCUCUCCGCCCAUGGUCAGGCCAUUCAGUUCUCCGUGACGGACUACGGCCUGCCGCUGAUCGGCUUCGCCAACGGCCAGGCCUACACGUACUCGACCAGCCUGCAGUCGUGGCUGGUGCUGGCCACCAAAGACGCCAUCAUGUUCCACGGCAUCAAGGGCACCCUGCCCCGCGACAUGGAGGGGAUCAGCCAGAAGUUCCCGGUCCUCGGCAUGCAGGCCAGCAGCUCGAACUACUUCUGUUUCAGUGCCGGAAUGGAGCUGCGCAAGGCGGAGGCGUGGCAGCAAAGUGCCAAGAUGGUGUUCAUCGAGAACCAGAUAAAGCUCUGCGAGACGCUAGAGUCGCUGGACGAACUGAAGCACUGGCACCGGAUGCUCACCUUCCAGCUGGCCACCUAUGGAACGGAGAAGCGCAUGCGCCAGUUCCUGGACGAUCUGCUGGAGGAUCCAGAGCCUGGAAUACCGCAGUUCGUUCCCAAGCAGGAGCUGAUGCAGUGCGUGCUUGACACCCUGAAACCACAUUCCCAGUGGCAGCUGAUGUACGCCGAGUAUGUGGACAUGUUCAAGACGAGCAAAUCGCAGCGGCAGGAGGAGGUGUUUGCCACACCCAAGGCCCCGCAACCGAAAGACGAUGCUCCCACUGAAUCCGCGUCUGGGGCCGAGGCAGCCAGCGCGGCGGAAAAGGCCACCGCGGAAGCGCCACCGCAAGCUGCAGAAGGAUCGCCUCCAGCGGCGACUAGCACGGGGGUGACCAACACCACCAGUACGACCAGCUCUAGCUCGUCGUUGGGCUCCUCCUCCACCAGCUCCUCGUCAUCGUCGUCGUCAUCGGCGCCGGCAGUGGGCCUCUCGCCGGAGAACCCUGUCCUGGACGAUGAUUCGCACACCGUCUGCAUAGAAGACUCAUCCUCGCUACCUCCGCUGCUGGAAGCCUCUACCUCGCCACCGGCUAACCCAGCCCCCGUAUAAAUUAGAGGAAGUCUUAGAUUUUUUUUUAUUUUUUAUAUUUUUUUUUUUUUAAUAUUUAAUUUAAAAUCAGUUGUAUAAUUGAAGUAAUGGUAAAAGCAUGAUGAUUAGGAUUCUGAAUCUAGUAGCAAACACUAAGCUGCACUCUCUAUUGCGUGGGAUUUACAAUCAGCGGAUAGCAUUAUUUAGCAGAUAAUACUAAUUAUUAUGAUAGGCAAUUAAAUCAGUCAAGAACUAAGCUUAGUUAAAGGAUUUAAGACUUAAAGUAUUGUAUAAUUUUGCAGAGAAUUUGUAAAAUAUAUAUAUAUAUAGCCGUUAAAAUACAGAGAUAGUCAUAGUAAGAAAAACAAAAAAAAAAAAAUUGAUUAAAGCCCACAAACGAUAUA